AUGCUGCGCAAGAAGACGGGUAACGCGAACCUGCGUACCGAGUUUGAUCAUCCAGACAGGACUUUCGGACAGACAUUGCGGAAGAAUCUUGUCAGACCAUUCAGGAUGCUCUUUACUCAGCCAGCACUGCAGAUCACCGCGGUGUACAGGGCGUACCUGUAUGGUCUUAUGUAUCUUGUCCUCGCUUCGUUCCCUUAUGUUUGGAGCGAGCAAUACGACAUGGAGCCUGGACCGGCCAGUUUGAACUACAUCUCACUCGGCGUUGGCUUCGUGAUUGGACUGCAGAUAUCUGGACCCCUUAUUGAUAAGGUCUACCGCAAACUCAAAGCACAAAACAAUGACACGGGACGUCCAGAAUUCAGAAUCCCUCUCAUGUUCCCCACAGCAAUCAUCACCCCUGUCGGUCUCCUCCUAUACGGAAUCGCAGCGCACUUUGAAGUCCACUGGAUCGUUCCAAACAUCGGAGCGGCGAUCUUGGCCGCUGGUCUCAUCCUCUCGUUUCAGUGCGUACAGACCUAUGUCAUCGACUCGUAUGAGAGGUAUGCGGCCAGCGCAGCAGGGGCGGCGGCCUUUGUGCGGACGAUGGCUGGUUUCAGUUUCCCGUUAUUUGCGCCGAGAUUGUACGAUGUGUUGGGUAUUGCCUGGGGCAAUGUGCUGCUUGCUGGCAUUGUCUUUGUCAUGGGAUUGAUUGUGCCGUUUGUGAUGUGGAGAUGGGGCGCUUGGCUUAGAAGCAAGAGCCAGUACUGCGCUGGUUGA